CAGGUCUAAGCCGUGCUGGCUUACCCUUUGGUCUGGUUCGGCGGGAACUGGCAUGUGAGGGCUACCCCAUUGAGCUGCGCUGCCCAGGCAGUGAUGUUAUCAUGGUGGAAAAUGCCAACUAUGGGCGUACGGAUGACAAGAUCUGUGAUGCUGAUCCCUUCCAGAUGGAGAAUGUCCAGUGCUAUCUUCCAGAUGCCUUCAAAAUCAUGUCCCAAAGGUAAGAGACUCUGUUUUUCAGUGGGGGGUUGAGGAGGCAUUUCCCUUCCCUAAUUUCCUUCACCUUCAAAUUGCUCCCAGGCCUGUUGUGUUCCUCCAAAGUCACUCUUCUUGUUGUUUUUUUAAAUAUGGGGUUGUGGCCACUGAGCUCCAGUAAGUUUCUUAACUCAUUAUGUCGUCCUUUAAGCUGCCAUUUCAGAUUGAACAGAGGGAGGGCAGGAUAUAAAGGCCUGUAACAAUAAAACAAUAAUAGUAAUAAGAACAACAACGAUUUAUUACUAGCUGUCCCAAUCUGCAUCUGGCCCAGAUUACCAUCCAGCAGUCUACUGUCUGGUUUGUUCUUUCCUCAUCAACAACUCCCUUGAGACUUCCAGAAGCAGCUUGCCUGGUGGGGCAGAGCCACAGCAGUGGCCUCCCCUUUACCGCAGGGGGGAGGGAUAAGACAGCAGCCAUAUCAGGGCCAUGUGGGUGCAUUGGCAGGAGCGCGGCAUUCACUCUGCCAGUAUGCCCAUACAGCCCUGGCCUCGCUGCUGCCUCAUCCCUCCCAGUAAGCAGCAUCCAUGUUGCUGUCAGGCAGGUAAUGCCAGCAGCUCUGCUCCAUUGGAUGAGCGUAUUCUGAAGUUUUUCUUAAUAAUAAUAAUAAAAUAAUAACAUUUUAUUUAUAUCCCGCCCUCCCCAGCCAAAGCCGGGCUCAGAGCGGCUAACAACAGUAAAAUAAAUACAACAUUCUAAAAUCAUUUCAUUAUAAAAUUAAUUCAAAUCAAAUUAAUGGCAACCAUUGGGCUAGAGUUCUGUGAGGAUUGCCAAAGGAGGGGGUAAUAAUAAAAUUUUAUUUAAUUUAAUCUUAGUGUGUGCAAACCACACUGACAUCCAGGGGAGUCCUUCCAUCUAAAGAUUUGCACUGGAAUGCAUAGGGAAUGUAUUUCCCAAUAUAACAUUCAUGUCACAGCCUGAGCUUAAUGUUAUGUCACAGAACUGAGAAGCUUAGACUGAGUAUUCUUCAAACCUUUUCACAGCGGUCAUCCCUGAGUCUAGAAAAUCUCUCUCUAUCCCUUACCAAAUACUACUAAAACAGAGGCACCAUUUACCUAACUGAGUUGCCAUAUUUUGCUGGUCUCCAGGCAUCUACUGCUGUGUUACAGACAGGCAUUCAAAAGGCGAUGUUUUUUCCAAACUUGAAAGAAAUAGUGUUGAAACCCUUACCUCAGAAUCUUUUGGUUAAGCAGUAUAAUACCUGAGAUUUAACAUGAAUCAUACUUUCACUUCAACCAACCCAGCAAAAAUACAUUUGCUGAAUAAGCACCACCCAGGAAAGGUUGGGUUGUUGCUGUUGUUACUUUGCGCUAAAGUCACCUUGAAAGAAGGCAGGCUUGGUUCCUUGGUAGUCCGUCCCACCCAUAGGAUUCAUCCCUCACUUUUGCUUAGUGUGCCAUGCGCUCCUGCAAAUUUUACUUCCCUGCUGAGCAGGAUUGGUUACCUGAAUUAUUUAAAGUUCUAAUAGCAGUACUGUCACUAGCCAUUUAAAAAAUGAUUUCAUUUAUUGUUAGUUAGUAGGAUAUAGUAAAUAAUGUUACUCAAGCACUUAGAAUACAAUUAAGUGCAUCUACAGGCAGUUUUUCAGGCACUCUACCGCUGUGACACCCCAGCAAGGAGGUGCCACUGUUUGCAGUGCAUUCCAUGACUGUUUAAUGCAGCUUAAAUGCAAGGCUGGCAACUUGUCAUGAGACAAGUGAGAAACGAAUUGGGCUGCAUUUGUCAUUCAUUUUGCCUCCACAAAAACAAAGGGUACUUUGGAACUGGUUGCAAAGUAUGUAAGUGUAGCCUUGGGUGUAGACUCAUUUGCUGUGGAACUCUGAGAAUCUGCUCUUUUAUUUUUUAUUUCUUUUACACAGUUUUACUGAAGUCCUCAUGUUGUUAUUUUUAAAAAACCUUGCAUGUGGAGCAUUUUUGCUAAAUAUGGAUGCUGCUUCCGUUAGGGCAGCAACAGGUGCAUCCUUCAUUUGAUAUGAUUCUUAGCUUCUCGUUUUGAGUAGGAAGCCAUUUGUGGCUUAUGUGUUGCUCCUUCCUAAGGGAAACUGUUACCAGUGCGCAUGCAAAAGAAACAUGCAUGUCCCUUAAAACAGCCCUUGCACCAGUCCACCAAAGUACUUUCUAAGCCGAGAAUUUAGGAUGCAGUUUAGGAGUUCUGGUGGGCCACCCAUAGAAACCCUCCAAAAAUUGGGGUAGCAGUGUGGGUGUUGUGCUCUUGUCUGACCCUCUGGGAUUGUAGCCUAAGUGCAGGAGCAGAUAAACUCCAUGUGAAAUGUACAUGUAGAGACUUGGUAAGUACUGUAUGUAAAACAGAAGAAUAACAGAGAAUAGGGUGUGAUAUAAACCAGAUUGUUACCUUUGAAGGGGGUGGGGUUAGAAGUUGCAAUAAACACACAUAAUUCUACAAUGACAUGAUAUGAUAUGGAAUCUAUUCAUUUUCCCCUCCACUCUUGUAAAAGCUUGCUGGGGACAUUUGCCAAAAACCAAAGACUAGAGCUAGUGAAAGCACACUACAUUCCUCAGGUACUGAUUCAUACAAUGCUUUUAGGGGGCUUGCUUCAUAGUGGCAUGUAUAAUAAUAAUAAUAUAUAUAUAUAUAUAUAUAUAUAUAUAUAUAUAUAUAUAUACACACACACACACACACCCUGCCCAUCUGGCUGGGUUUUCCCAGCCACUCUGGGCGGCUCCCAACAGAAAAUUAAAAGCACAAUAAAAUGACAAACAUUAAAAACUUCCCUAAACAGGGCUGCCUUCAUAUGUCUUCUAAAAGUCAGAUAGUUGUUUAUUUCCUUGACAUCUGAUGGGAGGGCGUUCCACAGGGUGAGUGCCACUACCGAGAAGAUUUUUAUUUUGCUUAGCCUGCUUUGAAUUAACAAGUUGUGACUGCUCAUGCGCACAGGUUUGCCACUCACUUAGUGUAACAUUUUGCACAGAAUUGUGUCUAGACAAUCUGGGCAUGUGGUAAACUGGUCUGCAAAACCAGUCAAUUAAUACAUAGGUUUUUCUCCAAAAAGGGUUUUUCAUGGCUUAAUCUAAGCCAUAUUUCAUUAGGGUUCAGUUCCAGAAAACAUGUUUUUGGAGCCAGGGUUCAGCCGUGGAGCAAAUAUAGUCAUUAUAACAUGGAAAACAGUGACUCUGAGCAUGUGCUCUCUACACAUUUGGGAGUAUGGUCCUGGCUUUCAGGCAGCUUGAUGCCUGGCAUCUCUGUAUUUAGAAGGUAAACACUGGGGUGGUCUUCAUGGUUUUGGAAUGAAGAAGAAUGAAGAAUAAAGAAUGCUUGAUUCGUUAUCCCCACAUUAAUCACCAGUUCUGGUGCAGUAUCUUGUUUGAUUUUUACCUGUAUGCCUUACACAGAAACAUCUGCCUCUCUUUCACACACAUACAUUAUUUGACUUAAGCAGCUGUGGCCUCUUGAACAUCCCACUCCAAAAAAUUCCAUCUCACCUAUUUUCACACAGCUCUUCACCUUUCUAGAUUGGCAGAGACCCUGUAGGCUGGUGAGUGGCUUCCUUUACUCCUACUCACUUUUGCUAGUGACUGGCUGCUCGCUAAGUUAUUUCUCCUUUUUUGUGCUUCUAUCAAAAUCCAUUGGUGAGUUUCUUCAACAGCAGCAGCAGUGGGCAAUCAAGAAUCCCCGAGAGCUUUGAGGAUUGCUAGCAGAUUUUUUAAAUGCAAGCUAAAUCUAAUUGCCCUUAGCAGCAAAACUCACUAAUGUUUUAAACAAUAUUCAAUGUUUAAUUUGUUACCAAUACCAUUAGCAAGGCAUUUACAUGCUGUUUGGAUUUUCAUUUCUGUUACCAAAUAUUAUCUACUAAUUAUACAAGCAGAGUUUCUGCUGCUAAGCAGCUAUAUCUGCUGCCUAAACACCCAUCUACAAUCCAUUUACACCACAGAGGAGACCUGUUGAAGUCAACAAAUGAGUUGGAAACCGGGGGGGGGGGGCUCAUAGGUGGUGGUGAGGAGCUCAUAGGUGGGGGGGGUGGGUUCAUAGGUGGUACAGACCUGAACCCAGGGCAUUUUAACCCCUGACUGAAACAAGGCCCUCAAGCGAUGCCUGAUGGAUCAGACAGCUGUUCCAUCCAGACCAGCACUGUUCCCUGCUGUGGCCAACAAGAUACCUCUGGGAAGCCCCAAAGCAGUUGUCCUUGUGUUCUGCUUGUGAGCUUCCCAGUACCAUCUAGUUGGCCACUCUAGGAAGCAGGAUGUUGGAUUAGAUGGACUGUUACUCUGAUCCAGCAGGGCUCUUCUUAAGAAUUUAUAUCAAGCGUUUAUGUCAAGAUAAACCACCCAUUUGUUGUGGUCUACAUGUAUGUCAGUCCUAUAGCUUUUGUUCCCAGGAAAGCAGCAAAAGCAGGAAAUUUAAUGAGCCUCCCUGGUAGGUUGUCAUGUAUGGCUGGGGAGUCAUGUUUUCUUUGACAGGCUAAUAGUUGUCCAGGCCUGGCUUAGUCCUAUAAAUUCCUUUCAGUGCCUUGGAACAAGUGGAGUAAUAAGAAAAAAUAUUUGAAUAUGUACCUUUUUGCUAUCCCUAAUUAUGGAGCAACCACAACCAGGGACCAUGCAGCUAAGAUUCAAAACCAAACUAAUUGUUCAGAAUUACCAUAUGAUAUGUUUCUUCCUAGCCUGUACCACUUCAAAUUGUGGGUUGGCAAUUACAUGCUUGAAUGCUCCAACAUUAUUGUUUUUUAAAACCCUUUCACAUAGAAAAUAAAUGCAUAAGGCAAAAGCCUGGCCUGGAAUUCUUUUCCUUGGUGUGCCAUCCUUCUCCAUGUGUGGAAUUUUUGUUAUGGGGAAACAGCCAAACUUGCCGUUCCUCUUCCCCUUUCCUCUCUCUACAUUCUGAAAUGGCACAGUCCAAGAGGUGCUGUCAAAAGUAGUACAGUCCAUGCUAGAUGAACUUUUGUAGGAAGGUCUUGCAGGUCAGAGGGUGUGACUUCUAAGCAGGUUUAAGCCUUUGCACACUUAAUGAAUAAAUGCAUGAUUAUACAAUAAAAGGAUGAAAACCCCCCAUUAUGUUUAACACAAUGAAGAUUUGAUCUGGUAGAUGCCAUGUUCCUAAAUUACUAGCAUUUUGAGGUUUCUAUGUUGAUAUUGAACUACCAUAUUUACUUGAAUCCAAUGCUCACCUUUCUUGGCCAAAUUACAUUGCAAAAAUUAAGGUGCACAUUAGAUUUGAUGGAACAUUUACAUUCACCAGCAAAUACUUUUUUUGUUGUUUCAAGGUUCUGAAAAUUGAGGUGUGCAUUAGAUUCAAUGGCGCAUUAGACUUGAGUAAAUACGGUAAUUGCUAUAUGGAUUAAACAAUGAGAAAGUGGCAGAAAAGAGUGUGUCCAAAGAGUGUGCUAAAAUCUUUUUAGCACAAUUAGCCAAGUCUCUAGGUUUUUGGAUGUGAUAUUUGCCAUGAAGCCAGCUAAGAGUUUGAAAGGAGCGUUAUAGAACAGGUAACAAGGACAGCUCAGGCAGGUUAGCAUAAACUUUGAUCCAGUGCAGGUUUGGCAAAAUGACUUAUUUUAUGGUCGUGAUGCCUCCAAACAUAAUAAACAUGUUCAUCUUAUGCUGCAAUUAUUUUACUUUCUCUCUCUUCAGAAGCUGAGCCAUACUAAGUUGAUAGGCAAUUUUUCUGCCAUUUCCAGUGCUAAGGAGAAUACACUCUUUGCAGUGCAAUAGAAGUGAAAAUUCCCAAUUGGGAUUGGUUUGAUAUGGUUAGCUUCAUUCCUCUAAUCUUACCUUAAAUUCUAUCACACGCUGGGUUAGUUGAGUGAUAAUGGCCAUUCAUGCCGGACAUUGUCCGUAAGCACAACCCAUGCUUACAAAACAUUUUUUUUUUUGUUCACUGUUCCCCAUGUCAUGCUGGUGUUUAGACAGCUGAAGUUUCCUUGUUUUUGAGGAUUCAUAGUCUUCUGUUUCAUGGGCGCAACAUUCUGUGAGCCAAAAGAUGAACCCAAAGUAUCUAUAUUACUGCUUAAGAUUUUAGAAACCUUUAAGUGGUGCCAAAGGUACUAUAUAUUUUAAUGAAGGUACUGGAUGCACAGUAGGUAAAUGCCAAAAAAAGGUUAGGUAGAUGUCAAAGGUGCUGCUAGACAAACACCAAACAAAUGUAGCUUGGAUAAGACUUCAAGAUAGGACCUGUUUUGUUCAGAUCAAUAUAUGAAACCUCCCACUCCUGAGCUUUUUGGCCUUUCCUGCCUGACAGUUUCCUAGUCUCCAGUGUUCCCUCCCUUUCAUUUUUUAACCUGCCAACAGCAUGAUGUUUUGCCUGUCUCUAAAUCCUGGGUGCAGUUUUCUCCUUUGUUCGUUUCCUUUCCCUUUGUAUCUCCUCUGCCUCUUACCUGCAUUAGUCUCUGUGUGUGCCUCCCCUGACCCCUUUCUCUCCCAUUCUUGCUCGUCUGCCCACUGCCUGCUUUGUCUCCCUCAUCCUUCAGCCACUGUACUUUAGGGCUCUCUUAACUCCCCAAAUCUCAGCCUCCCUGCCUGCCCAACAAAUACCGCAUGCUUUUCCUUUCCUGUCAACAGCAUGUGUUCAUUUGUUUUUGUUUUUCUUACCAGAUUGUACCCAAAGUUGCUUGCAUUAUAGCAAAUGAAUAAUAGUAAAUACAAGAAUCCAAAACAUAAUGGGUGGUGUCUGCGCAUAAUGCUAAGCCAAACUAUGGCUCCUCUCCCAGUCCUCUUGCUACUGUGAGCAAAGUUAUGGUUUGGCUUAGUGUGCUGAAUGGACACGAGCACAUGCCACAAAUUCAAGAGCAAACCUUGGUGGCAGCUCCUGGUUUGUCUGGAGUGAGACAAGCCCUGAGCCCGGGCUCAGAUAACAUGCUAAGCCAAACCAUAGCUGAGUUCACAGCACAGCAGCAGGGGGACCCGGCAAAGAGCACAGGAACCACAACUUUCUUUGAGCGCAUAGCUCAAAGAUAAGCCAUGCAGUGGAAGGGCAUUCUGCACAGCACCAUCGGAGAAAGUGACUAGCCAUUGGGUGGGGCUCUACAAAGCUGGAAGCGCCAGCACCUCAACUCUCAUCCAUCCCACUUUGCUGACAAACUCCGCUUCAGUGAAGCAGGUGGUGGCUGUCCUGCCCCAGGGGCCUGAGUUGAUACCGGCUCCAGUUGCUUUGGCAGCCGACAGCCCCUGGGAGUCCCCCUUCCAACCUCCCUUGCCUGUUGCAUCAGCCUUUCAAGGGAGAGCAGGUGGCAGGAGCUAACGAAGUGGGAAAUGGGGGGCAGUGCUUCUUAGCUCUACCUCUGGACCUAAGCAAGGGUGAGAGGCUAACAAUUCUGCAACUGGCUGUUGAGAGGACUGUCUGAUUAAUCUGCCAGUUGUGAUCUGGGUCAGUAUGCUAAGAGAACAUAAAAAUAACCACCACAUAGGGAUUUCUGAUUAUGCAGGGGCCAGGUUAUAAUAUUAUCUCCCCGCCCCCCCCGCCACACACCCAAGGAUUGACUCGCAGUGGUGGGCAAGUGCAAGUUUUCUUCCAAGAUGGGGUGUUACUGGGCACCAUUACCUGGUGCCGGGGGGGGGGGAGUGGCAGAACCACGUCUCACUGCUGCAAGACCGCAUCCAGGUCUGAAGGUCUGUAAAUCCUCAGUGAUUAUAUGGGAGUUGUCACCUUGGGCGCUUGCACAAAAAUGUAUUUGAUGUCGCCUUUGGACAAACAGAGGAAUAUGGUUCGCACUCACAUUGGUGUCUGCAGACACUCAUAAGGUUAUGGACAUGUACGAAAACUGCAGGUUGUGAGUUUAGUUUGAAUUUGAGGAGCCACGAUUGCACAUAAAUAAGUCUGUCGGGUUAAAAGUCCCUAGGUUAAAAGAGUACUAUAAAAAAUAAUACAAUAUACUGUAAUAAAAAAUAUAAAGCUACUGAUAUAUACUGAUACUGUAAUAUAAUACAGUAUCACAACAAUCAAAUGUUGGUGACAGUCUCUGGCCGCAUAACCAGAGCUAACACAGGCACAGAGCUGUGUCUGACAUCCAGCAAGUCUUCUGCGGACAAAUCCUGGAAUGGGGUUAGUAAAGGGCUUCCUGUCACUGUAUUUGGAUUAUCCGACUAGUAGUUGUGCCUGCUCACUGCUUGCAUCAGCUUCAUACCUGAGAUUAUAAUCUGCAUCCCAAACAAAAUAGUGGUGCAGCAGUUUUUCAAAGAUUCUAGGAAGUAUUUGCAAUACAGUACUAAGUAUCAAUCAGUGCCACCUAGUGGUUUCCUUUAAAACUGCAGUUUGUGUCAGUAGCUUAACAACCUGCCCUUCUUUCUUCUCUUUCAGGUGCAAUAAUCGGACACAGUGUGUCGUAGUGGCUGGCUCAGAUGCUUUUCCAGACCCUUGCCCUGGCACCUACAAGUACCUGGAGGUCCAGUAUGACUGUGUCCCCUACA